AUGGCUACCGACAUGGACAUAGAUAUGGAUCUUGAUGUGGGUUUGGUGGACGAAGACAUGGCUGUCCCGGAGAUUGAGAUUACGCCAGAACCUGAUCAACAAAUGCCCAGCGAAGCAAAGCCUAACGAUACCUCCGGAGAAGACGCUCUUCAACCCGCCCCGCAAAAGGUUCACAUUCGUGGUUUGGACGAUCUCACAACCAAGGACAUAAAAUUAUUUGCUUCCGAAUACUUCAGCGCCUAUACACCGACCAAUAUUGAAUGGAUCGACGAUACCUCUGCGAAUCUAGUUUACGAAACACCAGAUAUUGCCCAGGAAGCUUUGCUCGCAUUUGCAGCGGCCGAGAUCUCAGAUAUCUCUCCGAUUCCAAUUCUCCAAACAGUCCCUGCCAAACCACCCCCUCUACAUCCCCAGACAAAACUGGAGGUCCGAUUAGCCGUCCUUGGAGACCGCAAGCAGGCAGGUGCACGUGAGAGGAGCCGAUUCUAUCUGUUCAACCCUCAGUAUGACCCAGCUGAGCGCCGAAAGGGGGCUGGAUACAGGGGAGAGACUAGAUACAGAGAUCGAGAUGAUGGCGGAUACCGCAGCCAGCGAUAUGAUGAUAGAGAAAAUCGAAAGCGUCGGAAUGGGGAUGCAGAAUCGGGCUUUGAUGCUAGCCUAUACGACGACGAUGAAGCCGCCCUUGCACAUCGAGCAGCGAGAAAGAAGGCUCGCCGAGACUCUACAUCAUCGGGGAGCGAUUACAGGGGGCAGAAUUCUCGACGCGCUCGGUUCCGAGGAGCAGCAGGCAAAGAGUUAUUUCCAGAUCGUGUAGAUAGGGAUAGCGGGAGAUUAAGAAACCGCAGCGCUUCACCUGUUCGUGGCAGUGAUGGCUUUGAAGAGACCGUGGAGUCCCGAGAUGUCGGCAAGCGAAGACGAGACAAUGCAGCGUCUAAGAACCGCGAAAGCGCCCAGACAAUUAAAGCAAGACUUCGGGAGACGGCUUCCCCCAAGGAACUUUUCCCCCACAAGAUAGGAGUUAGCCAUCAUCGCUCUGAUGCAUUUGAUGCAGCGGAUACCACAGCGGAUUUGUUUGCGAAGCAGAUGUCGGUUCCCUUCAUGGAUGGGAGCAGUGAUCGACAUCCCACCAAUGACUCUCUUGCUUCUCGAAUCUCCCGCAGGCCUGAUUCUGAGCUGGGCCGACUGAAUAUUCGAGGAGUAGCUAAAGCUUCAGCAACCCAGGAUUUCACCAUCAAAGGAAUAGCCCCAAAUCCUGGAGUCAAGGAGCUCUUCCCGUCUCGCGGCAAUGCUGGGAAAGAGCUAUUUGCGGAGCGGCUGGAGGGAAGAGGGCUUAGGAGGCAGAAGGCAGAAGAUCUGUUUUAUUGAUCCACUGUUGAGAAACGACGUUAAGGGGGGAGGGUAGAAAAGAGGACGAGCUCGUGCACCCAGGGCAGCUUGUGGGAGGAUAGAGUGAGCUUUCAUCCGUGACGGGGGCGUUGGAUAUCCAGAUACCAUUAAAUCUCGGCGUUUGCGACCUCUAGUAAAGGUCACAGCUCGCAUAAAUAGAAGAAGUACCAGACGUCUUCAGCUGUCAGUAGGCACUUGCACGAAGAAUGACGAGACAGCUUCGCGGGGACCUUCGUAUGAAGCAUGUCCGUAGAGGUCGAGCAGUAUAUAUUUCCC